AUGCCUGUUCAUCGUCCAUCACGACCAAUAGCAACAACAUCAAAUUCUCGAAAAUCAAUGGGAUUUUCUAUAAAUGAUAUUAUUAAAAAUGAUGAUUCAGCAAAGAUUUCUACUCGUGAUAUUCCUCCACCUAUGCAAUCUUAUAUACCUGCAACAUCAUGGAUACCACCACCAUCAAGUCUAGAUCCAAUUGUUCAAUAUCAACUUCAAUGUCUUCGACAUAGUGGACGAUUAUUUGAUGGAAGAUUUACUAGUCCAGAAGCAGCUGCAGCACUUAUACUUCAUUCAUUUCGUAAACCCAAACGUGUACGUACAGCAUUUACACCAGCUCAAUUACUUAAACUUGAAAAUGCAUUUGAAAAAAAUCAUUAUGUUGUCGGACAAGAACGUAAAGAAUUAGCACGACAUUUAAAUUUAACUGAAACUCAAGUAAGUAGUCAUCAAUUAGAAAAACGGAAACGUUAA